AUGAAAAUAUCAGUUAAAAAUCUAUCAUUUAAAACAUUGUUUAUGGUUGGUCUUUUGGUGAUUACAUUGGAUAAGAAUAACUUUGUAAAAGCACAAGAUGGAUCUGGUUCCGAUUCAAACUCUCUAGAGAAUCCUAAAUAUACCUAUUGUUUGGGAACUACUUUCGAAACGUGUGUUACUGCGGGUGCAUGUUGUGCAUGGUGCUCCGAUUUGAAUAUCACCAGUCAGGAUUCGGCGUACAAGUCAUCAGGUGUUUGUGUGUACAACGAUGGUAUCAAUACUGCCGGUGAAUGUCCAUUGCCACCCACCACACCGACCACCGCCGAUCCAUGGUUUAAGAGUGUCUGUCCGGCAACACACAGAGUAUCGGCAACAUGCACUUGCUCACCACCACUAUUCUCUAACGAUUCCAUCCAAUCGACACCAUCUUUCUUUAUCACCUUUUUCUUGGCUGUAUUAGCUUUCUUAUUUAAUAUGCCUUUAAAAGAUACUUUAAAUUAUAGAACCUCCCAUAAAACAGAGAAAACCAAUUAA